AUGAGGGGCCUAUAUGAAGACCGGUCGGUCCGGCGUGAUGCCCGGCGCCGGAGACUGCAGCUUUGCAAGAAAUUGGUUUUGGUAGGCAUCAUGGGCGUCUCUGCGGUUCUACUUCCUCUGUAUUUGCUAUCCGGGAUUUCCUUCGGACUUGCAGUUCCUGCGAGAAACCAGUCCACGUGUGACACGGUCGAUCAGGGCUACCAGUGCUUCUCCCAGACCUCGCAUCUCUGGGGCCAGUACGCACCGUAUUUUUCUCUGGCAAACGAGUCGACCAUUUCCCCAGAGGUUCCGACUGGAUGUCGGGUUACCUUUGCGCAGGUUCUCUCCCGCCAUGGAGCCCGGUAUCCUACCGCGCCCAAGGGUAAGAAGUACGCUGCCCUGAUCGAGAAGAUUCAGGAGGAUGCGACUUCCUUCGAGGGAAAGUACGCGUUCCUGAAGUCGUACAACUACAGCCUGGGCGCAGACGAUCUGACUCCUUUCGGAGAGAAGGAGUUGGUCAAUUCGGGCAUCAAGUUCUACCAGCGAUACGAAUCGCUGGCCAAGGACAUUGUCCCGUUCAUCCGAUCCUCGGAUUCGAGCCGCGUGAUCGCCUCUGGAAAGAAGUUCGUCGAGGGCUUCCAGAACACCAAGCUCAAGGACCCUCGCGCUCAGACUGGCCAAUCGGCACCCAAGAUCAACGUGGUCAUCUCCGAGGCCAGCACCGCCAACAACACCCUCGACCCGGGCACCUGCACCGUCUUUGAGAACAGCGAAUUAGCCGACGACAUCGAAGCCACCUUCACCGCCACCUUUGUGCCCUCUAUUCGCAAGCGUCUGGAGAAUGACUUGUCGGGGGUGACUCUGACGAGUAAAGAGGUGACCUACGUGAUGGACAUGUGCUCCUUUGACACCAUCUCCACGGACACGGUCGACACCAAGCUCUCCCCUUUCUGUGAUCUGUUCACGCACGAAGAAUGGAUCAACUACAACUACCUCAAGUCUCUUGACAAGUACUACGGCCACGGGGCAGGCAACCCGCUCGGACCGACCCAGGGAGUGGGCUAUGCCAACGAGCUCAUCGCUCGACUCACCCACACGCCUGUCCACGACGACACCAGCAGCAACCACACCCUGGACUCCAAUCCAGCUACCUUUCCGCUCAACUCGACGCUGUACGCUGACUUUUCGCACGACAACGGAAUCACCUCCAUCCUCUUUGCCUUGGGGCUGUACAACGGGACCGAGGCGUUAUCGUCGACUACUGUUGAGAACAUCACCGAGACAGACGGAUACUCGUCUGCGUGGACGGUUCCUUUCGCAUCGCGGAUGUACGUGGAGAUGAUGCAGUGUCAAACGGAGGAGCCUCUGGUGCGAGUGUUGGUCAAUGAUCGGGUUGUUCCUCUGCACGGGUGUCGGGUUGAUGCUUUGGGCAGAUGUACUCGGGAUGAUUUUGUUCGGGGACUGAGUUUUGCCAGAUCUGGUGGUGAUUGGGAAGAGUGCUUUGCUUGA